GGCUAACACUGGAGCCAAGAUUGUAAGGCACAAUUCCAAGUACAUCUCUAUACCCGUUUGGCUUUAGUCCCACUUUGGUUUUGACUGCGGUACUUAAGUGGUUUUGUUAGGAACAUGGUAACACUAUAAUUUGGUUAACACUGCCAGUCUUUCCGACAGGUGAGUCUCACAGACAGAAGAGAUGAGUCGCUUUCUGAACGUCCUGCGGAGCUGGUUGGUGAUGGUGUCUGUCAUCGCGAUGGGAAACACCGUUCAAAGUUUUAGAGAUCACAGCUUCCUCUCUGAAAAGCUUUACACGGGCACCCCAGAGUUUGUGAAUGGCCUCCAAGCAAGAACAUUUGGUAUCUGGACGUUGUUGUCAUCGAUCAUCCGCUGUGCCUGUGCCAUAGAUAUCCAAAACAGAGCGCUGUAUCACAUCACCUUAUGGACAUUUGUGCUGGCGUUGGGACACUUUCUGUCUGAAGCUUUCAUCUACAAAACCGCACCACUGACUAUUGGAGUCAUGGCACCGCUCAUUGUUGCAAGUUUCUCUGUCAUAGGAAUGCUUAUUGGGUUCCAGUGUUUUCCAGAGACUGAGGAGGAAGUAGGAGCUCGACAGAAGAAGCGGAACUAGUCUUCUCUUCCUUACUGAAUCCACCACCAGCAUACACUCAUGGACUGGUCCCUUGUGUAAUUUAUUUUAUACUGUGACAUUUCGAACUACAACAUUUGCAUCCACAUCUUGAAACAGAUUUAUUUUAACAGUUGACAGUGCAAUUAAAAGAGUUACACUACUGUGGUUAAUAUAAGCUGGUUUUCAUUUACUUCACCUUCGAAUGAGCACUUUGCCAGAGGAUUAAGCCAAACUUUUAAUCUUAGUUUGUGUUCAGUUUCAGUUUAGUGUUGUUGAAUGUAAUGAAGAUCUAGACGUUAGAUUACAACAUGUCUUUAACAAUGACUCAGAUUCACCAAAGCACCAUGGCAAGUUCACACUAUAAAACUAUAAAACUGUGUAUCAAACUUAUAGCAGCUGUUUGUUCUGUGCUGUGAAAUGUUUUUACGCCCUCAGAUCCUCAGAAUUUAUGCUUAGUUGCAUAUUUUAAAGUUAAUAUUUUGAAUUUGUGAUGUUUUCUAUCAGCAAUAAGAGAAUGAUGUGUACUUUUUAAACUAACUGUGCAGACAUCUGGUCAUCAAGUUUGUGAUUUUGGCUUUAUUUCUGGUGAACAAUUUGUAUUGUAUUCUGUUCCCUUUUGGAUUAAAGCUGAUAUUUUUAAAU